CUCGGGUUUCAAUCCAUUUCAGCCCCCCUCUCUUUCUACUCCUUUCUAUCACCUUCAGCUUCCUUUCAAUUAUUUGUUCUUUGACUCGCAAUAUUAUUGACACUUUGUGCGUUGCUACUAUUUUUACUAGGUUACAUCUCAGUCAUUUGUUACCGUAUUUUGUUUGUUAAUUCAGCAUAGAGGUGACAAAAACUGUCUGCGAGCUGCUGGGGUUUUGUUUAAAUGGGGAUUGGACUUCAAUUUCAAAGCGUUAAAAAAUCACUAUUAAUUUUUGAAAUUGUUAUUGCUAUUUUUUCCUGUUAUCCCAAUUACUCCAACUUCCAUAUGAGAAUUACAUCUCUCUUAUAUCAGGAGUUGGGUUCGAAGCUGAAACUGGUUUGGCCACUGAUGGGAUCACUUGGUGUAAAGGGAUGUCGCGGGGGUUUAUAUUUUAGUGAUGUACUUGUACUAAAUCUUGAGGCAAUGGCUUGGAACAUUCUUGUGAAAACAAGGAAAGGACCGGGACCAAGAGAUAGCCACAGUGUUGUUCUUGUUGGACACAGGAUGGUAGUAUUUAGAGGUACAAAUGGCUCAAGGAAAGUCAAUGAUAUUCAUGUGUUGGAUGUCAGGGGCCAAGAGUGGACGCAACACGAAUGUCAAGGCAGUCCACCUUCACAGUCACACGGCUACUCUUGUUGGUGGUGAUAAAUUAGUGGUCUUUGGUGGUAGCGGUAAAGGCGAGGCAAACUAUUUGAAUGAUUUACAUGUUUUGGACCUCAAAACUAUGAGAUGGUCAUCUCCUGAAGUGAGGGGUGAACUGAACCGAUAUCAGGGUGACAUUGAUGUGCUUGAUAUGGAUACACUAAUGUUGUCAAAGGUACUAGCUUCAGUAUUCUUCUUCCUUUUCUAGUUCUUAUAGAUCAUGUUGAUUCACAGUCUGGAUAUAGAGAUAAAGAUUGUCUAAAGAUAGUGUUAGAUGACAACUAGUUCUCUUUGUUACUAGCUGGAUGUUCUUGGACCGUCGCCUGGUGCUCGAGCUAGUCAUGCCUCUGUGAAUUUUGGGUCAAAGGCAAGUAACUGAUGCUGUAGUCUUUGAGUAAUUAGGCUCUUUGUUUCUAAUAUGUAGUGUAAAUUUGUAUACUUUUUUCCCCUUCCUAAUAAUUGAGUGCUUGUUGAACUCACUUGUUUACUGAUGGUGCAAAUGGAGUAAAGGUAUUCUUAUCCAAAUGGUUGUGCUAAAAAGCCUUCAUUUUAGUUGCGCAGUCACCCGAAGAAUGAUCUUGAUUCCUUACAAUGGUGAUUUUUUGAUGUAAGCACAUGUGGCUCUAUCACAAUAGGCUAAAUUUUUAGUUUCUUUCAAUUCAUUUCUUCUCUAAAACUUGAUGAAGUAAAUAUUGAUUGUUAUUUGUUUGUAUCGGCUAUUACAAUAGGUCGAGAUCCAACUCCAAGUGAGUUGUAUUUGCACGUUUAUACACAUAAUCAUGAUGGUAAAUUUUUUGUUGUUGAGUGUUCCCGACUUCUCCACGUAAGUCCAUAAUUUACAUCAUUAGAUAUACUUUUCUCUUAUUUUAUUUUUUUUGUAUUGACAUCUGUCGGAAGUUCUUAUUAUACAUGAAAAUGACAGAAGCAACAAGGAGUUGAGUAUAUUUUAAUAUCUCCACUUGUUAAUUCCAGCAAAAGUAUGAAGAAAUUGUACGGGAAAAAAGACAGACUGAAUCUAAAAUUGAUCAAUUAGAAUCAUAUUAUGAAGCUGCGGGAGGAGUAAAGAAGAAAAGAUUAUUUGCUCUCGGAUCUGAAGCUGAAAAUUACUUUGGAAAAAAUACUUGACAUUAGUUUAUUUUUGACAAAAUACUUGAACUUGUGGAUGUUUGGACACAAUUAUGUGAUGCAUUUUGCUAUCUAUAUAUUUUGAACAUUCUAAUAUAAGUAAUUAUAUAUAUGAA